GCAACAGAAUCAGCUGAGCACCAGCUGUCUGCCAUAUAUCGGCCAAUCACGUACCUCCGAACGAUGCACUCGCGGCAAGCGCGUCACACAACCGGUCGGUCAUUGUACCGCGAAAGCGCGGUGUGUUGUAAUCGAUGCAAUUCGGUUAAAACUGCAAUCGUAUGAUUUUAAUGAGUGAUUGAAUAGUUGAACAUAUUAACCGUACGUGCUUCAAGUGAUCAGUGUUAAGAUAUUGCGGUAAAACUGUCUAGAAUAUUGUAAAGAUUGUGCGCUGGGGAUGCGUUCGCCAUCGGGCUUGUUAGGUUUGACUGUGCGGGAUAUUUGACAUGAGGAAAUACUCGUUCAACGUUGAGACAUUGAUAUCCAUUAUUUUGACGUUUUAAUUGAAGUUGUGAAAAUUUUUUGACCUUUUGGAGGUUAUGUUGUGUGUACAGAGGGCGUGACAGUACUGUACCGCAACUAGGGGUUGGCCACCGUUUCGCGCGCUACUCUCCCGCGCUUCGAGAGGAAACCUUCUUCAUUUUUAUAGAAAAUAAUUAUUUAACGCUGUUUUUAGAGGCUUCAACUAGUUCUGCUGAGUUUAAAUAAAAUUUAUAACCAUUAGACAAAUCUGGUUGAUAAUAUUUUAUAAAUAUAUUGCCUGAGUCAACGUAGAGACUGUGCAUUAUGGCGAGUGUGUAAAGUGAUCUCUGGAUACGUGAAGCUCUUGUAUUUUACGUUUUACCUCUGGUAAUUCUGGUUAGAAUUUAGAUAAUUUGAGUCGUGAAUAAUCGUUUAGGUCUGCCGAAUCGAUUAAAAAAAUUAGGAACCAUCUAGGACAUCUCAAAUUUCUAAAAUACUUCAUCAAACUACCUACAAGAUGCCCCAGACCAGCUUACAGGAGAAACAACCAUCACAGGUGCAUCUGGUUGCCAAUAAUCGACCACAGACGUUGAAACGAAAACGCCGUAAUACAGAGCUAUCAGAAGAUGCAGAAAACAUUUAUCCCCCCAAAAAAGUUGCAUCAUUAUCCUCUGUUCACACACCCUCCAGUGAAUCUUGCAGCUCAGCUGCUUCAGCUGCAGAUGGCCUGCGGACACCCCAACAGCAGCAGCAGCAGCAGCAGCAACUACAACAGUUGCAAGUAUCACCUCUACAGGAACAGCAGGAACCAGCAAGCUGGUCAGAACUUAGGAGCGCAACUUGUUUCCUUACUCCAUCAACAUCAAACGGAGGAUCCAACAGACCCAGUCCACUUCCUUCUUUCCCGUGGGCAGAUGGCUCACAAGUAUGGUCACUUAUGUGCUUGGGGGACCAGAAGACUUUGACGCAAAGAGAUCCACAAAUGUUUCAAAGGCAUCCCACAUUACAACCCCGUAUGAGAGCUAUUCUCUUAGAUUGGCUCAUAGAAGUUUGUGAAGUUUAUAAGCUUCACAGGGAGACUUAUUAUUUGGCCAUGGAUUAUAUAGAUAGAUACCUUUCCACUCAUCAGAAUGUACCCAAAAGUCAACUACAACUGAUUGGUAUCACGUGCUUGUUCAUAGCUGCAAAGGUUGAAGAGAUCUACCCACCCAAAAUAGCGGAAUUUGCGUAUGUCACAGAUGGUGCAUGUACAGAGAGCGAAAUACUAGGCAAAGAAUUAAUCGUUCUAAAAGGACUGGGAUGGAAUCUUUCACCAGUAACUGCGCCUGGCUGGUUGAAUAUCUAUAUGCAGGUGGAAUGCGGAGAUUGGUCACGUCCGAACGCAUUUGUUUAUCCCCAAUACGGAGGACUCCAAUAUUCGCAAGCUGCUCAACUCCUGGAUUUGGCAACAUUGGAUGAAAGUUGUCUAAAAUUUCCAUACAGUCACAUAGCUGCUGCAGCUAUUUAUCAUACAAAAGGAAGAGAAAGCUCACUUAGAGUCUCUGGGUUGACCUGGGAACAAUUAUCGCCAUGUGCAAGAUGGCUAAGUGCGUUUGCUGGUACAGUAGCUGAAGAAGGUCCGCAACUCCUUUUAUCAUCUGCCGCACCACCUAUUGAAACACAUUCUGGUUCAGGCCUUAGAGCUGCCGUGCCCAAUAUAGUGAUGGAUGAAUCGCACCGCAUACAAACUCAUGUAGUAGAUUUAAAUAUGUUGGAGCGUGCCCAGCAGCGAUUGGCUGCUGAACUACCUCUCCUAGAAUCUGUGAAUUCUCAAACAGAGUUUGAUUCAAAUAGUAGCCUAAAUCGAAGCGGAAUUUUAACCCCCCCUUCAAGUAGCCAAAAGAAUUCACCGACUCCACCCCGCUUACCCCCGCCCCUACAUCCAUAUACUUAGGCUUUUCUAGUUCAAGAUGGAGGUGAAUUGAGAAGGAAAUAAACAUUGUUAUUGUUAAGUUAUCAUAACCAGCAACCAUCAUAUUUAAAGCAUCGUGAUAUCUCUAGAACAUUUCAACUAUUAGUAAUUUUCUGCCAAACAGUAAAUGGCUUUUCCAAGGGUAUUGAAACAUAUAUGAUAAAGUAUUCCUCAGACUUUUUGUUGUGGAUACUACAGACUCUAUAUGAUUCAAAUUCAACAAUUUUAUGCCUUUUUCCUAUGUCUGCUCAUAAUAUUCAAUAAUUUUGUUCUUUCUUUUCACCACUUUGCAGUUUAUUCAAAGUGUCACAGAUCUAGUAAAUCAUUAUCCUAAGAUUCAUCGAGUAAGGUCAUUUUAACUUAUAUCGUUCUUGAUUAUUAUCACAUUUUCACAUGUAAGUGGCUUUUUAUGCCGGGGUAAUAGUUAUUAAUUAAUAGAUAUGACGACGUUUGUGGCUGGAUGAAAGAAGAAAACAAAUCACUUUGAUUGCUGUAUAUAGUCUGAAUCAGUUUUUAAUAACAUUAAUAUUAUCCAAAUUGGUCAAUUCUAAGACUGACUAGACCAGUCGCCUAGGUAAUUCUCACUGGAUCGUUCAUAUACUGGUUAUAAUAAAAUUAAGGGAAGGCUACUGAAUAUUAAAUAGCAAAAUUAAUUUCAUAAUUAUUUUUUGUAAAUACUAGCAUGUAUACUAUAAUGUCUAUUAUAUUAGAAAUGAAGUAUCGCAUUACAAUAAGUGACCAAUACCACAAGAUUUGGAGCAUGAAUUCUAGAAAACAACUUAUUGAAAAAAUUAUUCAAGUUUUAAGACCCUAUGAAAAUUCUAUGUAAUAGACUCGUAUCGUGUUUUAUUGUUGGCUGUACUCAAUUUCAAGUAGUUGCAAGAAAAUAGAAAACUCCUCGUAACACCUUGUCAAAACUUUCGGCAUUCGUGUGUGGACUAUCCUACUUACAUUUUAUGUCCUCCCAUGAACGCCUUAAAGUAUCUUAAUCAAUCGCGACAUAUUAGAUGAUAGCCUAUAAGUUCUAACUCUGUUAGCAAUUUCCUACUGCCCAUAAUAAAGAACAUCACAGAUUCCCGUGGCAAACUACUUUUCGAAAUUUAUGACAUCUACUAAAUUGAAAUUACGCAUGCUUUGAAACGAGACAACUGUUGUUAAGAAAAGAAGAUUGGAAAAUACAUUAAUUGUAUUAGGAUUGUUCUACACAAUGAUAAAUUCUUGUGAUAGUGUUAUUUUCGUAUUUAAUUCGAUAUAUUAUAGGAACCUAAGUCGUUGAACAUUGGAAACAAAGAACAAAAAAAAAAACUAAUUUUUUGUUGUGUCUUAUCGCAUGCCACGCAUAAUAAAAUUUAAUUACUAAUUA